AUGUCGACCGCUGUAGCCUCUGCGACAGUCGCUCCCCUACCAGCUCUUGACCGGAAUCCAAGUCCAAGAAGCUAUCCGCCAUUGGCCCCUUCUACCAAUGUGCCUUCAAAAGAGAGGAAUUCCGACUCGGCUGCGAGUCCAGAUGCCAGCGCUGCCCUGAAUCCUAAUGAGAGAACACCUUCAGAGGGGAAAAGGUCCCCAAGAUCAAACAGGAGUACCGGAAAUCCCAAGAUUGUCGUCAAGAAAGAGCCUCCUAGCUCUCCCUCCCUGCAAGCAGCCAGUGCACGUCACCGACCUAAGAAGUUGGACUUGAACACAAAUACAAACUCCAUCUCCACCGCCGUCAAUUCUCGUCCAUCAGCAACCCCAUUAACCGCAAGGGACGGCCUCGUCAUGCACGAUGUUGGUUUGGCCUGUUUAUCGCCUGGUUUCCAAACACAGGAUCCUGCCAUGCGAGAACAAUUGGAGCGAAGUAUCUCCGUCCGAGACCAACAGCGUUCAAUAAUUCAGGCAAGACUCCUGAAAUCUGCGCGUGGUGACGCUCCAGAUUCGGGAAAGAAUAGUGAGACGACCACGACCACCAAAACUCCCGGAGGAAAUUCCAAGAAGCGGCCCCCACCCGGCCUAUCGAUUGUGCCUCCACCGGCGGAACGAUUUGCAAAUGAACGAGUCAUUCAAUCAGCUCCCUUGAAUCAGACCUUCACUGGAAGACAUGAAGCUCAUCCUCCCUCUCGACAAGUGAAUAAUCAAUCCUCGAAUCUGUCACAGACCUCUCACAUCCAUCACGUACCGGCCAUCCAAACCAACAACCGUCUUCCUCCGAUAGCUGAUGUGUUUGGAGCCAAUGAACUUAACCCUGGCCCUGCUCGACCACCUUUCUUGCACACAAACUCAACUUCUCAAAACCACGGACCUCCUCUUCCAUCACCUGGUUUCCCUCCUCAAACUGCUCAUCCAAUGUCUCACUCGGGCCCCCCUGCUGAUCGGAACCGAGAAUACAGAUCUGCUGAAGAGGCUGUCCACGAAAUGGUUGGUGGUCGAGAAGAUCUUUUGCCUAAGAUCGUUCAUUAUGGAGGUCAUCAGCCACCCACACCACCUUCGCCACACCCUGGACAUAAAGAUAGAUUGACCCCUCAUAAGUAUCAACCCAGCACUCACUCUACGAGCAAGCGGAGAAGUCGCAACGAAUAUGAGGAGGGAAGCAGCCCGCCUUUGGGUAGUGGACGUGAACGAAUCCGUUACAGUGGACCUUUUGGUGAGGGAAGAGACAGCCCGGCUACUCCAAGAGCAAAGAAGGAGGAGUUUUUGAGUUUAUGCGCAAGAGCAUGGGACCUAUUCCACUCCUGA